AGCACAUGACUUGUCAUAGUUAGCUGCAGAUAUGCCAUCUGGCGUGCAUAUUUUAUGUUGUCAGCUCUCUUUUCUACAGCCUGGCUUGACUCCGCUAUUCAACCAUUUUGACAUUAUACAAACAUGCAGCGAAAAUCGUUGUGGGGAUCCUACAAGGCCAUUAGCCCACGUACACGUAUUAUGAUCGGCGUUGGUGGAAUGAUCUUUGCGACGACAGGAAUGCUGCUCUCUGAGCACCUCGAAAAACAAUACCCAGCAACCGAAGACGAAAAGUUGCAAGCCGAGGCCUUAUCACCAGUCACUGUUGUCGACCAUGUUGAUAAAAAGUAAAUAGAGCCGACGACAAAGACGAGCUCUUUGAUCAGGGUUGUUCGUCAACAAGGCUCACAAGAAGGUUGUAGUGUAAUGGGAUAAUACUGCCGGAUGGAUAAUGUGUAUAUACGACAACCCCUCCUCGGGAUAUUCAAUAACAAAAAGAUAGUGUAAACAUUUGAAACAUAAUAAAAAAAGCGCUUGUCAACAAACAAUAUCAUGAAGGAUCUAUGUGACCUCUAAGGGUAGAAAUAAAAGAGUCCCCAGUCAGAUCUACGGAACAACUCGAAGGGAUAUUCGUACGAUGUUUGGUAAAGCCGAUUGAUAGACAAAUGGUCAAAAC